ACAGGGCAUACCGCCACCGUUAAUCAGUCCCACCAGGUUCUCCGUGCCGUUCGAACACCUGCCGAUCCCGACCCAUCCGAGCCGAUCCGGUUCAGCAUUUGCAGAAUCCUGGUGUACACGUUCGAUGGAGGAUUACUCAUACGCCUACAUCUCCGAGCCCGUGGAGUUUCGCCAACUGGAGGGCAAUGCAAUUGACUUCCGCAAGACAUUUGAUCUGCGGGGCCAGGGUACCGACGAAAUGCUCCAGUUGUACCUGCGCAAGGCCAAUUUAUCCGAUGAUCUCGACCGCCUGCCGGCUAUUAUGCGACGCGCAUAUGUCUAUGACAUAAUAAGAAGCGCUAAGGCACCCGGUUACUGGGUGCCGCCUUCUAUGCAAGUGAGCAGCGACGUCUUUGCACAUCCACCGCCCGCAGUUCGUCCACCACGUCACUACGCCGACAACGUGAGCAUAAACGCCAGUCUAGACGGGAUGAAGAGCUCCUCCUCCUCGAACAGCCUGGACAGGUAUGUGGGCGCUCCGCCCUCGGUGGCCUUGGCGGGCCCCAGCUUCGCCACCAGUGUCUUGGUCAGCAACAAGGGCUCCAAGUACGAGAUCAGCGGACCAAUCAACUUCCAGCACGUCUCCGGCGAUGUGACGCGAGAUCGCACGCGAAACGCCUUCGACCUUAAUGCCGAUUCCAACGACAAGGUGCUGAGGAAGUACAUGAUGGAGCGUGGCAUUACCGAGGCGGACAUCAGCGACAUGCGACGCCAAGAAGUGAUCAAGAAGAUCAUUCACUCCAAUUUUACUUGGAUGCCACCAAAAAGUGAUCAUCAGGCCCAGCCAAAGGUUCAAGAUCAGGACAGGCCGCUGCUCUAUGCCACUAUUUCCACCAAUAACCAGAUUACUCCUCCGGCGUCACCACCUCCACACCCAAUAGCCAAUGUUUCGAGGCCAAUGGAGGAACCAAUCUACUCCAACUACGCCUCGCUGACAUCGCGGUUUGUGGAUAUCUCUGAUAUGGACUUACCUGCUCCCACACCGGCUGCACCAACUCAUGUUAGACCGACAGAGGUCGGAACUGUGAUACCCGUCCAAGUGCAGCCCCAGCAGAGUAUCAAACCUAUGGUUCCGCCACCUCCGUCGGCGGUAAUGGCGAAGAACACACAUGGAUAUCCAGCGGCCAUUGACAUUCGUCAGGUGAGACCCUCCGCAGCGCCAAAGGUUGCCAAUGAAACUUACGCCACCAUAUCACCGCAACGGAAAGUGGGCUCAAUGCGCGUCGCACCACCAGCGCCUCCAAAGCCAACUAUAUUGCCCAAUACUAACUCGACGAUUUCCAACGGAUCGCCGUAUGCUGUGUCUCCGGUGCAGUAUGCUUUUGUGGCCAAGCCGACUCCGCCAGCUCCUCCAGCCAAGCCGACUUCUAGAUCUUCGGCUGCCUACAUGACACCACUGCCAGCGCAGAAAACAAAGAUUAAUAGUGCUCCGGUACCAGUUCCACCUCCGCCGCCACAAGCGGCACUCGCAGGUGUUCCACCACCACCGCCUCCACCGGCAUCCGCAGGUGUUCCACCACCACCGCCUCCAAUGCCAGUUUUAGGAGCGGGAGGUGCUCCCCCUCCACCGGCGCCUCCACCAAGUGGCAUGGCCGGCGUUCCACCACCUCCUCCAAUGCAGAAGUCACAGCCCAAGGCUGUUCCUGUCGCCUCUUCCGGCGGAGACCCGAGGGAUGCGUUCUUGGAGAGCAUUCGACAGGGAGUUACACUGAAGAAAGUGGAUCAGAAGGCGGCCACCAUAAGUGGCAUCAAGCCGCGUCCGGAACGUAAGCCGGUGACCACCGACUUCCUCAGUGAACUGAAGCUGGGAAUAACACUAAGACGGGUCAAGAAUCCAGCAGAUAAUCCGUAUUCCGAGGAAUCGGAAUCGCAGGCGUAACGACUUGGCGGUUUAACUUUCAACUGCGCCGCACAUUACAACACUGAACCAAGCGGCAGGGCUGCCAGACUGAGAAACACAGCCCUAAUUUUAAUUUUCGCAAAUAUAUUUAUAAUUUAAUAUUAACCACCAUGACAAAUGACCAUUAGCGUUUGUAAAUAAAAUUGUUAUCGCCACAUAUGAUAGUACUUAUCAUUAUGCCUAACAGUAAUCUAUAUACAAU